UUCGUUAACCACUGAGCCACGACGGGAACUCCUAUUUAUUUAUUUAUUUUUUUGGUAAAGCACAAGAUCACUUUUGCUUUGAAGCUUGUAAUGCUUUCCAACCUUUGAUAGGUAUUAACUGCACGUUUAGAUUAUACUUUCAGUGUCUUUAUGGUUGACAAAUAUACAUUUGGAUUACUGUUUAUUUUACAGUGCUGAAGCCUUUCUGCUGGGGAAAUGUCUUCAGAGUCAGAAAAGGAUAAAGAGAGGCUGGUUCAAGCUGCCAAAACGUUCUUCUUUCACAUGCAAGAUCUUGCUUCUUUCACAAAUGCUCUCACUGAGUUGUUUAACAGCAAUAUGAACACUCAGAUCUUCUUGAUAGCUAUGAAAGAAGAUGGCUGUGUUAAGGAUGUCUUUGAACAAAUGCUCAGAAUUUUUAAGGAGAUGCAUUCUGCCGUGGAGGCAAUGCAGGACAAAAUGCAAAGUGAACCUAUAUGUUCCAAGAUAGCAACAGCUGUGUCCUCUAUGGCUGAGAAGAGUAGCAGUUUAAAGGAGUUUCAACAAUCAGCUAAAGAAAUGUUAAAAAAUGUCCAAACACCAGCCAUCGUCUCUGUGCUGAAUAGUGGGAAUAUCCUUAAGGGUUUGGAAUCUUCUCUUUCACUCUUGAUGAGAUAUCCCAUCAUGAAUCUUCAAUUCAAUGACUUCUAUAGCAAAGACACCAAAGAGCAACCAGAUGCCAGCACAUCUGAGAAAAGCCCAAGUCCAGGUCCAUCCAAAGCCACUACAACUGACAACUUAAAAAAGUUGCAGGAUACACUAAACACCGGCACUGCCAAGAAUACCCUCAAGUCAGCCGCAGAUCAGCUGGAGCAGAUUGUCAAAACUCUGCAACCAAUCUUAGAGAUCCUCCAAAAAGCCAUAAAGACUAUAGAAACCAAGUUUUCUGGGUUCAAGAAAGCCAACAACUAGUAGGAAUGCCAUAAAAGUAGUACUCAUUUCUGUCAGAAGACCAAUUCAAAUCCUACAAGUUUUCAUAGUACUUUCUAAGGCCUUGGAUGCCAGACAUGUGCUCUGUUGGGUCAUGAGUUCAAAGAGUCCACCUGGCCAACCAAUUACCUCAAAUUUGCUUUAUUCAAGUAAAAAUAAAGAAAUUGUGCUUGAAAUGGCAGUAACUGAAAA